AUGGGUCUCUAUGCUGAAUGGCCACUGAUUGAAUUUUUUCCACUAAAUAGUGUCCAGUCAUCUUUAUCGAUUUUUUCAAAGAAGACAAGCGAUGGUAUAGCCAAAUUAUUGCUGCAUGAAAUUGGCGAGAAUUUAAAUGGAAGGAUGUGCCUUAAAAUUGAUACUGAAGAACAGCUCUCAUGGGUUUUACAGGUAAUAUCUUACGCCUUGACUUUGUCUCAUUCCACAAGCAAAGAACAUGAAGCGCUUUGUGUUGCAGUUCGCACUUACUGUACAUGGUUGGACGCAAUAUCGAAUGGUGUAGUAGCGCAUCUUCCUGGUCCAAUGAGACGCGAUCCUGGAAAUUACAUAUGCAUUCUUCUUAAUUCACUGCGAACUCUCUUUGUUCGAAAGAAUAACGAUUCGGAAACGACAGUUACCGCUACACAACAGGCGCACGAAAUGGAGAAUGUUUUACGAACUAUUGUCCAGAGUUUACUGAAUUAUGAUGGAAAACACAAAGAUAUAAUCUGGCCAGCGGUUUUGAAAUUCUUGCUGAAUGCUACCGAUUUACUGCUUUCGGGACAAACAUGUGUGGAUGAUGUUACAUUUCUAAUGGCCCCUAAAGUCACAAAAACACUUCUGGAUGUAUUUCUGUGUGCCGCUCGUCUUGAACAAAUACCUUCUCCGACAUAUUGGAAAACACUUUCUGUCCUCAGCAAACGUUGGCGACAUCAGAUUAGUUUGCUUUAUUUGUUUAGACACCAGGAUAACUCUCAUUUUUUUUUCUUACUUUUGAUAAGUUUCAUCGAGAAUUGGGCAAGAAAAGUGGUUUCACUAUCAGUGAUUAUUGUUCAGGAGAUAUGUGGCGAAAGCUACUGCCCAAUCACCAUAACUGAUGAACAAGUGAAAUUAUUUGCGGCUAAUAUCAAGAAAACUGCCGAAAAUAAUGGUACGUUGCCAGUGCUGCAUGUUUGUUGGUUCCAGUUAAUGCAUAUGAUUGGUAAUCCAGCAUCAAUAAUUACGUUUGAGCCCCGCACUUCCGGAACUCUACCAGCGAAUAUUCUCAAUGCUAUGAUGGUAACUGGUGGUGCAGUGAGCAGUGAUGGAAAUCCAAUGGUUAGGAAGUUUGAUGAAGAACUCACUGAGUUUACUAUCAGUAGCUUAAAACGGUGUUUUUUCAUGACAUCUGCUGCCGUAAUGAAGUUGGUCGAUAUAUUUUAUGGAGAUAGUCGUGUAUCUAUAGAUUUCCAAGAAUCUGAUGAAUUGAUGCGACUUUGGUCUGAUUUAAAUCGCUCAGUUUAUGAAGAUUGCCUAAGGCACCAACAGGUACUUCCACGAAGCUCGAGCAGCUCUGGAGAUAAAACUGCAGAUAACGCAGCGUUGAUAGCAGCUCAGUCAGCUAUGGUAAUGAGUGGAGGAAGCAGUGGUUAUUUAAAAAAUACCCUUAGCAUUCCUAGUGUGUCAAAGAGUCGUGCCACUUCCGAACGUUCAUUGGCUACCAGUAUACCGUUGUCCUCACCUGCUGCAAGUGUUGUUGAAGAAAUGUCGCUAGAGAUUCCGAAACCCAAUUCAGCUCAAUUUGUUUGGCAUUAUUUGCAGAGUAACAAGAUUUAUAAGCCAUAUGUUGGUGACCAUCAACCGAAAGUGGCACAAAUGUUAGAUACUUUUAUGGAUUGGCUUGUGCAGUCCUCACUCGUGAGACCUCUUCGAUCUUCACUAGGUGAUGCAAUCAGUCAACGCUCAAUGAGUUCCAUUAGUGCUGAAGAGACGCCAUGUUUGGAUGAACGAAUGGCAAUUACAAGUGGUACUGAAAAUAAUGGAGGAAGUGUCUCUAGUGCUGUUGCAUCAGCGAAUGAGUCGGCUAUUCCUCGACUGUCAUUUGCCUAUUCAAUGACAUCAUCUGGCGAUGCUCAUUCGGGGUUGUCGCACUCAGUUGAAUGGCCUGAAGUGGACGGAGUGUCUGCAGGCCGAGCUGCUGCUUUGGGAGCCCUUUGUCGCAUUAUAUGUUCCAAGAAAAGCAAAGAAACCAUAACAGAUUCUCAGCUAGCACAAUUCUACAAAGUUAUUUACGAGGCACUACUGGAGAAGGAUCGCUUAAUACUUUGUGCACUUAUUUAUUUUGGUGGUGGUAUUUUUCGUCUAUCUUUAAAAAGUGUUGAAAUACUUUUGCCACAAUUCGUUCAAACACUCGAAAUGAUUUACACGGAGUCUAUGAAAUCAAGGCUUCAUCCAUCUAUAGAUGAAGUUCAAAUGCGUCGUGCUUGUUUGAAUGCCCUGUCAUCUAUCAUCAGUUGGCCUACAACAUUUGGAAAUAUGUUCAUCAAUGAUCUUUCAAAUCCACAUUCUAGCGCAAAUCAGAACUCAUUCACAUACAUCGAAGUUCGUCCAUGGAUGCAUCGUAUUCUUAUCACUGCACUCCGUAAUGAAGUUGAUCCCAUGAAUCUCUUCCUCACUCUGACUAUGUGUACAAUACUGUGUGAGGAGAGUUGCUUAUAUGAUUUACAUAUAAAAGAAGAAAAGAAUGUCGAGGAGGAAAAAAGUGGACGGAAAAGUCUUGCAUGUUCGGAAGAAGAUAAGUUAUUCUCGAUAUAUUUAAUCACACUUGAAAACUGUUGUGCAUCAAUAGUGCGUUCGAUAGUAAGUGCAGUGUGCGACAAUUUAUGCAAACCUCAAUGGUCAUCCGAAUUAUCAGUGUGUUUAGCUGCACUGGAUUUUCUGAAUGCCCUUUCUACUAUACAUCAAUCUGUUUUGUUCUCUGAAAAUGAUCUGUCGACAGGUAUUCUGAUAAUUACUUCUCUUUGUCGGUUUAUUGACGCUCAACUCAUGAAGCCUCCUCCGUUACACUCUAAAGAUUUGCAUUCUUCGGUUGUAGCAGCAUAUUUUUCAUUAUCUGUUUGGUUAUGUGCAGCUCCAACAUUGCUGGAGACAGAAUCUUGUUUAACAACUGUAGCUGAAACUAUCGAACUUGGCUUGACUGGUGGAAAAAAUCUUCCUCCAAUGGAACGGAAAGCAGCAAGUAAGCGAGUAGAUGAUGCUGCUGAAAGCUUGUUGUAUAUGAUAUUUUCAGCUUUGGGUCAUGGUAGACAAGAUGAUAUUAUGGAUGAAAAGAGGUUAUUGCAUAAAUUUGGUAAUCAGGCGAUCGACAUCACAAAAUUUAGGCACUUCCUUGUUCGACAGCAGACUUUGAUUUCAAUUCAUGAAGCCACCAAAUUAUCUACCAUCUCUAAAGGAUUUCCAUCGGUGUUUCUGGUAAUACGCACUCCUUACCAUACAGCUUAUACAUUGCUUGUACAACUGCAGUCAUGGGUUGCAACUGAUACGGAUACAGUCAGUAAUGAUAAAGAAAGUGGAUAUCUCCAGAAUGGUCUUAAAAUUUCAACGGAUUCCAAAAAUGCUGUCAAAUUUUUCCAUAUACCAUCCGAAUUCGAAAAGUCAUACUGUAAAUUAGACUCCGUAAUUCCUCCCCUGCAACCAACACCGGAUACAGAUCGUGUCAUCGCUGAAUUGACUGAUAUUCGAAAAAGGAUGUCUCAAGGUGAAAGUUGUCUGCGUUCCUCGGACGAUCGCAAUGUUUGGCUUCGUGAACCAUUUUCAAAGGAAUUGUCUAAACUUGCUGAGCCUACAGGGCCAUCAACUAACUGUAGUGCAAGCCGAGUACUUCUUUAUGAUUUGGGCUUAAUUUCAGAAGAAAGUUACGAAUCUGGUGAUAUUUUGCUUCUUGAUUCUUCUAACCUUGAUUUUUAUCAUGAUCUACAUCAUAUGGUCGACCGUUCACCGACAAAGUUGCUGCAGACUGUUCGCUUAUUCUAUGUUCGUGACGGUCAACGUAGUGCUGUAGACAUUCUUGCUAAUGCGAUGAAUCUGCAAAAUACAAGCAACUUAUUCUGUAGUUUAUUAGCGGAAUUAGGAGAAGGUGUUGAAGUGGAAACGCAUCCUCACUGGACUGGUGAUUGGACUACAGCCUUCUCCGCUGAACGUAAUUUAGAGCUAGAAGAAGCGAAGGAGAAUUUGGAUAAUUAUAUCAUUGAUGGCUUCACUCACUGUCUAUGGUGGACAGAUCCACACAUCGAAAUAGCUUUCACAACACCAACAGAACGCAUCCGGAAGCAGCAGGAAUCUGCAACUAAGUGUAAUGAACUUACCACUUGUGGUACGAAUAUUUCCGUUAUUAGUUCUGAUGAACACAGUGAUUCGGAUCAUGCCGCUAGGAUGUUACAACGUGAUUUUGGUGGUCGGAUAUUAAGUGAUGAACGGUCAGCUGGACAAACUAGUGGUAAUAGCAGCGGACGGUCAAAUAAGUUGCUAGCAGAAACGCUUCUGCCGUUACACAAAAAGAGUUGCUCAGGUGUUGAUUCUGGCACUGAGGCGAAAGAAGAUGAUUCGGAAAGGAUUACAUUCGUUAAGCGUAGUUUUGACCAACGUGUAUAUGUGAUUUUCUUGGAAAGAAUCGAAGACAUGCAUUAUUUUCCAUGUGAAGAAAUGUUCCCUGUGACAAAGGAUAAUUCAUUAUGCAAUGGUGACAAUAAUGCAAAACCCGACUUGAUCAUGAUUUUCGUUUCGGAAGUGGAAAACGAACUUGUUCGAAUUAAUAUAAUUGGAGACUGGACGAAAUGUGGUUUACCAGGACCACUGGUUGAUGGUUGUUUGGUUUCGAGCAGCGCCUUACCAAUUCUUCUGAAACAUACAGUCAUUAGUAUUGCUCGACGAAGAACCGUUGAACUCGAAAACUAUCAACUGGUAGCAUCGAAACGUCGGCGUGCAAUUCAAGAAUUCUCCCGGAAGUAUGCAGUGAAGAAAUCGUAUUGUGAUUUUGUUGAAUUAUUACUGAAAGAGUGA